CGUUGAUUGAACAACCAGCUUCCCGCUUCUCGACAGCAAGGAAAGGCCAAACAUGCAAGAACUCGACCUCCUAAUCCUAGGCGCAGGCUGGACCAGCACCUUCCUCAUCCCGCUCGCACGCCACCGCGCCCUCACCUUCUGCGCCACAACGCGAGACGGGCACGAAGUCGGCGGCAGCGCAACGCUCAAAUGGACCUUCGACCCCGACGGCGACGACAGCCAGUUCUCCUCGCUACCGCUAGCGAGAAACGUGCUCAUCACAUUCCCGCUCAAAGGCACUGGCCCAAGUGCGAGACUCGUCCAAGGGUACGAGAAGGCGUGGGAGGGGAAGCUGGCCCCAUCGUCGUUCGCAGGGGACAAGCGCAAAGUGCAUUUCGUGCAACUGGGCAGUACGGGGAUUUGGCAAGGUGGCGGGCCAACGCUAUCCUCCUCGCCAUCAUCAUGCUGGGUGACUCGUAAAUCGUCUUACGACACUUCGAACGCGCGCGCCGAGGCCGAAGACGAACUGCUCUCGCUCGGCGGCUGCGUGCUGAAUCUCGCCGGCUUAUGGGGCGGUGCGCGCCAGCCGCGGGACUGGGUGGGACGCGUGGCGAAGACGAAGGAGGAUGUGCGGGGCAAGCGCAGUCUGCACUUGGUUCAUGGGCUGGAUGUUGCGCGCGGGCUUUUGGCCGUCGUUGCGCGCUGGGAGGCCGCGAAGGGCCAGCGGUGGAUGUUGACGGAUGGGUUUGUGUAUGAUUGGUGGAGUCUGUUCGUGCAUUGGGGAUCGCCCAAGGAGGCCAGUGAGGAUGGGAAGCACGGUGAUGUCGAUCCUAAGCCGUCGGAUCAGGCGAAGUGGGUGUACGAGUUGAUGGUGGAGGAGGAUGUCAGGGCUUUGCCGAGGAGUAUGGAGGCGUUGGGCCGCUGCUACGAUUCCAGAGAGUUCUGGGAUACCUUUGGCAUUGCUCCUGUUCAAGGUGGCGUUUGACGGCCUCCUCUCGCUGCAAUGUACGCUUCAAUAUUUUCGCGCUGUGGGAAGACAUGGCGAGGACCUCUCUCAAUUUCUGAGUUUCCCGUGGACACAUCUCUCGCUACUGGCAUGUCUGGCCGACCACCGAGUUCCAACCAGCACAAUCGAAGCCGCCGAAGCCUGCUGUCCAGAUAUCGCAAUCGAGAUCAACCGCAAGCAGAACCGUCUAGCAUGCGCGAAGAAUUCCGAACACCUUCAACCCUGAUGAUGCAGAGCAGUGCCACGGCUAGGACCACUACUUGAUCGAGAACUUUAAUAACGCAUUAUUGAUCACGCAAUAUA